ACCCAGUUACUAUGAGUGGUCGUGUCAGACGGAUGCUUCGGGCGAGCAUUUUCGCGUAAACUAAUUGAUUUCUUCUAAUUAAAUUAUAGUGAAUCAUUGUGUUAGCGAUGCAAGUGUGAUGUGAGCCAUGCAAAUUAAUAUUGUGCAAACAUUUAACCGAGAGACGUUAAAAUAGGGGAUGUAACAGAAAAAAUAAAAAUGGCUUCAGGAGAUUCUGAUCAUAUAGAAGUGAUGGACACUUCAGCAGCUAAAAAGUCUGAUAACGCGACUGGACCUUCGGGCGCGGACGAAGAUGACCGAGACAAGAGUUCAAUCGCCGAGAAAAAUGCACCGUACGACCCGGCCGUGGGCCCCUCGGGGGCAAUCAGCAAGGUGCACAAAUCAGACAGGAAAAUCGGCCAUCGACGAGUCGGCGAAGGUGGUGAGAUCACCUACAAGAAAAUCCAAUCAUCGCAGAUUAUGGGAUCUAUACAGCUUGGAAUUCAGCAUGCAAUCGGCGGGCUAGCUUCCAAACCGGAGCGAGAUCUCCUCAUGCAAGACUUCAUGACCGUGGAAACGACCAACUUCCCACACGAGGGCUCGAACCACACACCAGCGCAUCAUUACUCAGAGUUCAAGUUUAAGUCUUACGCCCCGAUAGCGUUCCGAUACUUUCGGGACCUGUUUCAAGUUCAGCCCGAUGAUUUCCUAAUGUCGAUGUGUAGCGCCCCGCUGCGCGAGCUCAGCAACCCUGGCGCCUCGGGCAGCAUCUUCUACCUGACCAAUGAUGAUGAGUUCAUCAUCAAAACUGUACAGCAUAAGGAGGGAGAGUUUCUGCAGAAACUGCUGCCUGGAUACUACUUGAAUCUCGAUCAGAACCCACGUACAUUAUUACCAAAAUUCUUCGGUUUAUACUGCUACCAGUGCAACAGUAAGAACGUCAGACUGGUUGCCAUGAAUAAUUUGCUGCCUUCGUCCAUCAAACUGCAUCAGAAAUACGAUCUGAAAGGCUCUACGUAUAAGAGAAAGGCGAAUAAAGGAGAACGUCAAAAGACAUCGCCUACCUACAAAGACCUGGAUUUCAUGGAGCAUCAUCCCGAGGGUCUGUUCCUAGAAGCUGAUACCUACAACGCGCUGAUAAAGACCAUGCAGCGAGACUGUCGGGUGCUUGAGAGUUUUAAGAUCAUGGACUACUCCCUCCUAGUCGGCAUCCACAAUCUUGACGAGGCUCAACGCGAGAAGACGGAAGCCAGGAAACGCACAGAUUCAGGACAGAGCGACGGUGAUGAUGCUGAGGGCGAACCUAGGAAGGGUCUUAAUAGGACGAGAUCCGAAGGCAAGGAGGAUUUCACCGCGCAAGUCAAGAGGACACAGUCGAUAAAUCGACAGCGGCUGGUAGCGCACUCUACCGCGAUGGAGAGCAUCCAGGCCGAGAGCGAGCCUAUUGAUGAGGAAGAGGAUGUGCCUCCUGGCGGUAUUCCGGCACGGAACGCCCGCGGCGAGCGACUCCUCCUGUUUCUUGGUAUCAUCGACAUCCUGCAGUCGUAUCGGCUGCGGAAGAAACUCGAGCAUACCUGGAAGAGCAUGAUACAUGAUGGGGACACAGUUUCCGUACACAGACCGAGUUUCUACGCGCAGAGAUUUUUAGAUUUCAUGGCUAAAACUGUCUUUAAGAAAAUACCUUCGUUGGACCUACCAGAGAUCAAGGGGAAUCACCGCAAGUUCAGAACUCUAGUCACCUCCUAUAUAGGUCUGACACUGAAACACUCGCCGUCAAAGAGAAAGAGCAUCGCCAAGCCGGCUAGACCGCAGGAAGAGAUUGAAACGCCAGGACGUAUCUACAUCGGCAGACCGAUUAAAGAUUACAACCCUGACCUCUUGAGGCAGUCACGUCUAUCGCCAAGGUCUUCUAUAAGAUCGAGUAUGAGCGAUUUUACUGACACCACUAUCUCUACGUGGAAUCAGAGGCAUCCUAGCAUCCAACCCCCUACCGAGUACCCGUCAGUCCUAUCUGACAGGUUGAAAAUCGACAGGGAUCGAUUAGGACCCUUCCCUAGACGAAUUGAGUUUGAUACCUCAAACUUGCCUAGAGACCCAGGCACUUCAUACGGGAAUAAUGUGUACAGAACAUCGAUUCAAGAUAGAAUGGAAUCACUAUCUGAUCAGCUGACGAAAGUUCUAAGCACGGGAGCCGGUAGUUCCCAUAUAAAUGGGAGCUUAGCUGACAGUGGUAUACAAACAGAUAAUACGAGUACCAGUGUCCCCCAAAUAUACGUAGAGGCUCACACUAAUGCUCCAACGAAGAAAGAUGCAGCCGUAGAUACGAGAAAUGAGAAUAACCUACAAGAUAUACCCUUCAUAGAUGAUGAAGACGAUGAAAAUAAAUGGAAGAGACGAUCGAACAUUCUAGAGAAACACAAAAGCACUUCGAAUAUUCCAGCAAGAAUUGACGAAGUAAGCUCCAAAGAUGAUUCGAAUGAAAGACUGUCCCACAGCCUAAACAGAGCUAAAUCACCGACCUUCGUAGAAAAAUUCAAGAAAUUCUUCGCCGAUAUAGGUCUAGUGAAAGCCGACAGCUCUAUGAAAGCUGAGAAUUCAAAUACGUUACCUAAAAGCUUAAAUUCUAGUUACCGAAGAAGUGCUACACCCAGUUUAGAAGCCAGAGAAACUGCUACUCUGCCUAAAGACAUGAGAUUUCGUAAAGUAAGAUCUACCCAAACGGUUUAUAUAAAACCUGAAUCUCCAGUCAUGAAGGAUAAGAAUCUUCAAAUUUCAGAACACGUUUCUGUAGUCCAACUUAACGGCGACGAACAUAUAAGGGAUUCGAAGUCAGAACUUUUUAUCAAAGAGGUAGUAUAUGUCAGAAGCAUAGAAAAAGCAGAAAUUUACUCUGGAAAGGAUAGCGGAAGUACCAUAAUAGUAGUACCGCCGGCAGAUUGAGCGAAAUAAGUUUCGAAUUUUCGGUUACACAUAAAAAUCGAUAGUUUUGCUGACCUGACGUCAAUAAUCUAUUGAUUCGGUUAUCGAUAUGUCGAUAAAUUUUUAGUGUAUAUUUUGAAAAUUAUCGAUAGAUUGACUGUCUUUAAGUUACUGUUAGGCGAGUUUUGAAUCGAUAUUAAGAAUGUUAGUCGAUAAUUGUAGUGAAGUGUAUUGGUAUCGAUAUUUCCGUAUUGUAAUAGUUCUGUUAAAAGACAUAUUAGCUUAGAACGUAUCUAGCUUAAUUAUUAUGCUUACAUGUGACUAUUAUAUUCAUAUAAACUUGGCUUAUAUAACUAGAAACAAAAACGUAAUCAAAGUAUCGAUAAAACGCCUUAAAAACUUGAGUAAUAAAUAUUGACAAUAACUAUUUUAAUAAUGUCAAUGUUUAAAAAAAUGUUUAAAUAUGGAAAAGGCUUGUCAUUAUUAUAUCGAUAAAAAUAUGUAUAUCGAUAUGUUGAAAUCCCUAUUUAUGCUUAAAUGCUUAUACUAGUCCAAGUAAAAAAAAAAAUAUUACACAAUUUAUAGUUCUAUUCUAACUAUGUAUUAACAUGAUAUAGAACUUAUUUCAUUAUAAUACACUUUAUCAAAGCACUGAGCUACUAUUUAGACUUAUUAUUAUCGACAAAUAAAAUCGACUAACGGCUGUUCCCAAAUUCGAUCCAUCCAUUUUGCGAAUAGAGAUAGAAUUUGAAUAUUAGCUUCAUAUAAAUGAUGUCAAUUUCCAAUCUCUUAUCUCAAAACCACGGAUAGUUCGAUUGUAUAUUGAAGUAAGACUACACCAAAAUAAAAGAUAGUCGAAUUACACCAAUUUUCACGUGACAACAUUAUACGUCCGUUUUUCUUAAAACAACUGUUCACUUUGAAACUUGACCAUGAAAACAAUAACUACAUAGUAUGGUCUGUUUUUUGUACAAUUGACAGUUAUAUCAUUCAGUACAUAAAACGCUAUUUUCUCUUUGAAAAUUGACAGCUGUCAACUUGGGAAAAGGCUCGGAGGAUGAACUGCACAAAACAUUCGGUACCAAUACAAGGCGUUGAUUUGCAUCAGUGCAAUAUUUCAGGUGGUUGACAUAGAAUACGUAAAUAGUCGAUUGGAAUUACGGUAGACGGGAAAUAUCUAAUAAUCGCUGCUUUUUUGUCAUUGUAAUUUCAUAUUAUUUCAGAAUUAUUAACCCAAUUUUAUGAAUGACCGUUGCGUAUGCUUUGUGUUUGCAUUUGUGUGAGACCAAAGUGCAGUUUUAAGGCCAGUAACACACGCGCCGAGUUUAAAUACGGCUAGGUGAAACUGACGAAUUUUUCGAAAAAAUAUUACUCGGAUGCAAAUCAACAGCUCGUAAACAGCUGUUUUAAGAAAACUGACUUUUAUGUUUUCAGUGAAAUUGGGCCCUAGUAUUCUUUGUUACCUACACUUUCCAAUGUUAUGUUUAAUUUUACAAGAUGUAAUAUAUUAUGCAGUAUUUUAUUUAGAAUCGAUGUAUGUACGUUUGGGUUCUUUUGUGAGAUCAAAGCAGGUUCAGUUAUCAAGUUUCUGACAGAAAAAUACAAGAAUUACUGUCAACAUUUUGAAGUAAAUGAAUUUUAUUCAAGACUGCACUUUUAAGGGUCGAUUAUUCAAUCAUCAGUUCACUACUAUCUGAGGAAUAAAUAUGGCGGUUUGACAUUUCUAUACUGUCAAAACGACAAACGUUUUCUUCAGAUAGAAGUUAUCUGGCGAUUGAAAAAUUGGUCCCUAGUGAUUAUUUAUUUUGUUCCGAAUACAAUAAAAUAUGAAAAAUGUUACUGCGACUUAAAUACUGUAUACCAAAUAUUAACGAAAGUAUAUUAAUAUUUUUGGUACAGUUGCAGUCAAAAGUGUAAAGAUGUAUUAUUUGAUUUUUUUUUUCGGAGAAUUGACUUUUCCAAGUAAUGGUAUUUUUUUUUCACAUCAAUGUCAUGAAUUAUGAAAUGAUAGAAAGAAACUGUGGUGCAGUCUGUCAAUGAAAGUUUGUAUGAAUUGAUUAUAUUAUUAUUAUUUAUUAGGAAAAUAUUAUUUUUAUUGAUUUACGAUAGUUUAAUUGUGGUGUCUGUAUUUUUAUUAUGUAUAUAUUGAUUGAUUUGGUUUAGGAUUUAAAUUAUUAUUCAGUUUUUUUUUUAAUUUAUGCUGAGCUUUCGAUUAACGAAUAGCAAUGCCAACAAAUACAUUUUAUUAGUUUUUCGCCUUAUAAUACUGAUUUUUCAAACAAUUUCUGUUUUUUUUUUCAUGUUUUUAAUUGGUAAUAUUUAUUACAUGUCUUCCAAUUUUUUUAGAAUCAUAACACUAGGAAUACUCCCAAUCUACUGAGUACCUUACUUACCGAACAAUUAGAAAGAAAAAAAAUAUUUAAUUAGUAACAUUCCUCUUAAAAAGUAUUGAUCAUGUCACAAGUUUAAUUCGUUCUUAAAUUAUAUUUUUUCACUGUAUACAACCCAUUAUUUUUUAUUUACCAUUAUUUUAAUAUUAAAUAGCAAUUUUUAAAAUAUUCCGUAGAAUUUAUUUAGACACCUUUCACAAUAUUAUUGAGAUUAUGAAUGAAUGUAAGAUAAACUUACAUAUAUUAAGUUUCGUAUAACAGAAUAAAAAAUAUACUACAUAAAAUACGAUAGGUCCAGAAUAACACAAUUGAUUUUCUAUGUUUUAAAAUUAGCGACAUACAAGCAGUUAAUGCUUAAUAAAUAUAUUUUUCUUUUAUACGGAACUUAAAUAUACACAAAACUUUUGUUUUUGAUUGUACUACAUAUUAUAUUGUUUUGGUAAAAAGUUUAAAAAAAAUUUUUGUUCAUUUUUUUUUAAGAGUUUACCAAAAAUAUAUUAUGUUCUAAGUACGGUCAAGAACAAAAGUUCUGUCGUAAAUUUGAGCAAAACCAGUGUAAGUAAAAGUUAUACUUGUGUAGUAGAGUGUAAGUGUAUUUGUAAUGCGCUUGAGCAGUUCGACCAAAAUUGUAUGUAUAUAUUAUGGAAAUAAAUGUGAGGUUUUGUUGGCUGGAA